AUGGUGACGAAUGAGACCAGACCGUACCAGGGUGUUCGUGUGAAGGACCCGGUCAAAGAGCUGCUAAGGAGGAAAAGAUCUUUGGACCAGAAGAAUGUGCGAAUGGAGGCGUUCACAGAUGACCAGCCACCAUACUCCCAGGCUUCAGCUGAUGUGGCUGAUGGAUCGGUGUGUGCCGAUUACAAGCCACUGCCUCCUCCUGCCAGUGUUGGACUGCAGUCGACUUCUACACACUGGUCCUCUUCUGACAUCGCCCUGCAGGACCCUUCAGUUCAGAUGGCCACCUAUAUUGCAGCUCCCUCUCUGGCUGCAGAUCGCUGCAUGCAGACACUGUGUCCCAGCUACACCAUGCUGACCUACACACACACACCAGUUCUCACUAACUUUCAGACUAUUCCUGUGGCCCCAGCUACGUCCUCAAUUUCACAUACGCAGGUUCCAGAAACAGGGUUGACGAUCAUCCCGUGGGCCCAACCUUUUACCACCCUAUCCACCAUGUGCAGUCCUCCUGGACCCCCUUUGGUCAGCAGCUCAGCAGCCAUACCAGCAGCUCCUCUGCGCCAUAUGCCCCUGCCAUUGGGUCCCCACCUCCAAAUGCUGAACCACCAGAUGGACCCAGACUCAUCGAUGACUUUGAAUGAGGAUGUCGAGGUAAAGCCGCCAUCGCCAAAUCUGCUGGAUAAAUUACUGGAGGAUCAAAAAGAAGAAGGAGCAGUGGAGGACAGGGACUGUCCAUUUUGUUUGUAG